CCACCGCAUUUUCCGCGACCGAAGAAAAGUUCAGCCCAGGACAAUUCAAGGUAAGGAGGGAUUUGAGCCAACACCACGAUAUCACCAAAUCACACACCCUCACAAUGGGCGACGCAUCGAUCGAAUCCCCCGAAUGGCGCAAGGUCGAGGUCGGCCGUAUCGUCCUCGUCCAGGGCAACGGCCCUUAUGCCGGUAGACUGGCUGCUAUCGUCGAGAUCAUCGACCACAAGCGCGCUCUGGUUGAUGGACCUUCGUCAGACCCUAAGCUGGUCGUUCCCCGACAAGCUAUCUCUUUCGCCGACGUGCUCCUGUCCGACCUGAAGAUUGCGAAGCUACCGCGCGCCGUCCGAACAGGAACCCUGCAGAACGCAUGGGCGAAGGCCGAGAUCGACGGCAAGUGGAAGGAGAGCAAGUGGGCCAAGCGAAAGGACCAGACGGAGCGAAGAAGGGCGCUCACCGACUUCGACCGAUUCAAGGUCAUGCGACUCAAGAAGCAACGACGAUUCGAGGAGCGAAAGGCCCUGGCCAAGGUCAAGGCAUCCGCAUGAAUGGCAAUAGGAGCAUGAAGGGGGACGGAAUGGUCGAUUCUGUUACAACGGUCUCUUUCAGCUGGAGAGGAAGGUAGUCUACGGAUCUGGUCUGCAUGAAAUGACACAUUGGCAUGGAUGGGGUUGCUGGUUUCUUCUGAUUCGUCUGGCAAGACCUGUAUGUCACUCAUAAAAAUCUCGAUGAGGUGACCGGCGUCAAUGAUACGGAAAUUCACAACAACUUGAGGCUGUUUUCUACGUGAUUACAUCUCCGCCGGGUGAAAUUUGUGCUAUCACAUAGACAUACCCAGAUUCUUGAGUUUGCGCAAGUGUAGAUUCGAUACGCAAGUUGACAAUACAAUUCCUCCGAGGGUCCCGAAUACAUAUAUGCCUACCAUAAAAUUUAGGGCAUGUCUUUCUAAAAACCUCAUCUCUAAAGAAAACAGGUAUAGAAGUAUCAGUAGAUAAAGAAGUUGCAAUUACCUACAUAAAGUACCUAACAUGAUGCCCUGACGCACUUUGGGUACUUGCCAUAGGUAUCUUGGG